UUGACAUGUUGACGAUCUGCGAGCUCUCUUCCACUCUUCAUAUCCUGUUUGUUUGAUCCUAAAUAAACCAACUUCAGUCCUGUUUGGACACGUUGCGGCUCCAGAUUAAAUACUGACCGAGGCCCUUUUUACAUGACCAUGGAUAAAGACUGGGCCAUUCUUCAAGGAUCUUUCCUCCUGGCUAAUAAGUUAUGUCUGCCGUCCUCGCUGAGCUCACUUCAGAAAUGUGACUGGGACAAGGUGGGCAAGCCAGUCUUGGCCACAGUGAGGGAAAUCUGUGGCGAGGAGAAUGUCGGUGGUCAUCUCAAGAGCAAGGCUGCCUCCUGGAGGAAAAAGUUAGUUUGUGUUGUGUGGUUGAAGUUGUUGAGCAGGGAGAAUAGAGAGGAUGUGGAGGAGGCGUGGAGGGAGAGCACCUUUUUCCCUCUCCAUAGCCCCCUCCCAGAAGUCAAUCACACCGUCCUGAUGGAAUUGCUCAAAUCCUUGUCAGCUGCAGACAUAUUUGCUCAUUUUUUACUGUGUCUUCCUCCGCGUCAGAUGUGUUCUGAGCUGGAACGGUUGACGGAGCAUGUGAAAAGCAACCCUGUGGGUGAGGAUGAUGUCCAUUUCUUUCUUGAGUUAUGGUGGCAACUGUGGAAAGGCAGAUAUGAGCAGUUUGGAGAGCAGCAGAACCUUGAAGUGUUGUUUGCUAACCAGGUUGCUCAUCUUACUUCUCAGCCUGCUAGUUUGACUCAUCAGGCUGCCAAGAGGCUGAAACUGGACUCAUCAGCAUUACCACACAACACGGGUGUCCUAGACAUUCUCCUCCACACGCUCACAGAUAUGAAGGAUGUCAUAUCCAAACCAGAGCACGGCUUAUAUGCGCUCUCUAAUUGUCUCGAUGCUCUUUACACAACUUUCCUCAUCGAUCAUUCAGUCAUCCUUCCAAUCAAAGACAAGAUUGUGUUCCUGUCCAAAGCCAUGAGUGUCAGCGAGAACAGUGACAAGCUGAGUUCACAGCUAAUACAGGAGGUUCAGCGAGACCUCCGUGCCUCUUUAACCCCAUCCCAGUUUCAGCCUAGCAGAUUGAGCCUUCAUGAAGCCUUGAGGAGUGUGGCAGAGCUCACCCAUUUCUGGCAAAGUCACGGCUUGCUGAAAGUGUGUAGCGGCUCUCCUUCCAGUUACACAGCUUUCAGACUACAGCAAAGUGUCCACAGAAUGCUGGCGGCUCUGGAAGAAGCCGACAUGACCGGAGAAGAAGAGUCUGAGAAGAAUAACCUCCGAGGUUUACUUGCAUCGAUGGCUUUCCCUACUGUAGAGAGCUCCUCAGAGGUGAGUAUGAGGGUUGCCAUGACCAUCGUAAGUCACCGGCUGGAGGACUAUCACGACGUCACUGUGUUGUUUGCCAGCGAGAAGAGCUGGGCGGCCCAUGAUGAGCGGUGGCUGGACUGCCUUGAAGAGAACAAAACGGCCUUCCAGCACUGUGACACACUUAUCCAACUGGCCUCCACCCUCACGAGUCAACUCCACAGCGAGAGCUUUGCCGUGAGCCAGGCCAGGAGGCUGCUCAAAGUUGUCACGGCCGUGUUCACUGCGCUCGCCUUGGAAGACAAGAAUAAAGCUUUGGCUGCCGUUCUGAGAAUAUCCAGUAAGGGCUUCUGUGGAUGCUCGGGCUCCUCCGCUCUGAUCGCCGGCUUUGAGCAAGAGCUCAACAUGGCUUUCAACUGCAUCAUACAGGGAGGAGGCAAAGCUCCAACGGCGGAGGGCAACCUCAGCACAGCAGUGUCUUUAGUCGCCAGAGUGGCCUUCCAGAACCCGGAGGCUACUUUGAGAUCCUGCUGUCAUUCUGCCAUCUUUAAUAAAGGGGCGUUCGCUCUCAUGAGUAAGAUCCUGCAGCAGUUGCCCGGCCUGGAAGGUGUUACAGAAAGCAAAAGCGACGGGAGAAGAAAUCCAACACGUCUACUCUGCAGGUGUCUGCAGGAAAUAAUAAGCGUCAGAUCACUCUCAGACAAUGAAAAGGAACAGUUCCUUAAGUUUGUGGAGCUGAUGAUGGUGCCAGUCGCAACAGUUGAAGGGGAAAGAGAGAGCCUCCUGUCACCUCAGGAGCUUGUCAACACUUUCGUCCUGCCUAACCUAGCUCUCUCAGGCAGCAACGUUGUUGAUCUCAAUCUAAGUCUGCAACUUCUCCACGCCGCCUUGUCUGUGGACGUCCAGCAAGAAGUAGCUUCCUCCUCAACCCACUGGGUGCUGGAAUGCUCUCCCUUUCCUCUGCUCUACAUCCUGGCUCAGUUUCAUGACCAGGCCCUCAGGUGUUUGGAGCAACCACCCGAGGGUGCUGUACACCAUUGGUCCAUGGACACCAAAGAGCUGCUGGCAUCGGUGCUGAUCACACUGGCACAGGUGGUGGGCGUCCAGGUGGAAGCUGCCCCAAGUCGCUGGUCCAGAGCUCUCUUCUGGCUCCACGAUAAGAUGAAGGAACUUGACUGGACUGUUUACUUCCACCUGAAACCCGUGUGGGGUAGACACUUCAAAAACGAAGUUCCCACGUCUCUGUUGGCAGUGUGUCAUCUUCCUGAGCAGGAAUGGUCGGGUCUUAACCUUCCCCAGUACGGACCCGGCACAGGUCUUUUGGCGUGGAUGGAGUGCUGCGCUUUGUCAGAAUCCCUCCAGUCUAUCAUGUUGUCUUCUCUGGCUCUGGACCAGCGUCAGUCUGAACACGUCAGCAUGUUCAGUAAGGGCCUGCUGGUGGCGCUAACCCAGACCAUGCCCUGGUGUUCCGUCCCCCAAUGGAGCAGAUUACUUGGAGCCUUGAAGGAGCUGAUUACCUCAGGUCGCCUCCAUGUGCCUUUCUCGCUGGAGUACGUGGAAUUCCUGCCCCUCCUAGAUCUGAGAAGGUUUUCCUAUGAACUCUGCCUCUCAGUCCUCAUGCUCAGAGUCCUGCAGCUGCUCUGUGGGUCCAGCUGUUCUCACUGGUUGACAGGAGAUGGCUGGGCACACCUUGCAAGAUUAUAUGCUCACACGGUGAGGGAGGUGAUGAACUCGCUAAGAGCCAAGUUAGCCCUGCCCGCAUCCGGCACUCUUACGGUCUCGCCCAAUGUACAUCCUGCACCACCAAAAGGUUCCGAUGUAUCUUGCAACUCAUUUAAAGUUUCUAAAAUGUCCCAAGACUCUUUGAAAGAUCUUAAAGAAGGUGCACAAACUGUCGAGCAGGUUCCGAGUCAGGAGGUCCUCUUCGUUCUCAGUCAGAUCUUCUGUCAUGUUCAACACAUCCAGGUGAUGAUGCCUGGAGGCCAGAGUGAACCUCUCUUCCUGUCCAGCCUGGAGAUCCUCAGUCACUACCAGACCAUCAUGUCCGCUUUCCCCGAGAGCAGCACCCCCCUGGAGAAUGAAAACACCAAGCACUUCUUCUACACCAUUGCAGACAACCUGGAGAACCAAGAGAUGAAGUCUGUUCUACAGCAGAAGAUAACGCAACUGGCAUUAUCUCCUGCAUGACACCCUUGCCGUUUUGGGUGGCUUAAACACAAAUUUUCCACAUCGGGUGUUUUUUCUGUGUUUCAUUGGGAUGUAUGAGCUAAUUUAAGAUGAAAGGGUGGGGGGAAAAAAAAAAAAAAAAAGUAUAACCAAAAAUACAAAACAAAGAAUCCCAUCACAAUUGCAUUCAUUUUUAUGAGUCAUUUAGUGUAGUGUUUCCCAACCUUUAAUAAGCCAAGUCACCCAUUUGGCAUUACCAAAAUCUCAUGGCACACCACACACCACCCAACAAAAAUGUCACAAAAACUAUGAAUAUUGAAAUAAUGCUGAAAUGUGGGCCUGUUCAAUUGAAUACAAAGCUGAUAUACACGAAGGAAACCAUGUCUGAUUCUGUUGUAUAAAUGACAACAGGUGGAACCAGUUUCUUUGUACAAUUUGCCAUCUAAAGGAAGAAAGUUUAAAGACCCUGUCAAUUCUGGGAUUUAUUUCUAAAUACAUUAUACAUAUACAAAAUGUGUGCGUGUAUGAGGUACUCUGUUAUGGAGACAUUGCGAGACACACACCUUCCCAGAAGCUCAACUUUUAUCUCAUCCAUCCAUAUAAUAUUCUCCCAAAAAUCUUGGGAAUCAUUGAGAUGUGUUUUUGCAAAAGUAAGACGAACCUUUGUUCUUUUUGGUCAGCAGUGGUUUUCGCCUUUGAAGUCUGCCAUGGAUGCCAUUUUUGCCCAGUCGCUACCUUAUUGUUGUGUCAUGAACACUGACCUCAACUGAGGCAAGGGAGGCCUGCAGUUCUUUGCAAGUUUUCCAGAGUUCCUUUGUGGCAUCCUGGAUGAGUCAUUGCUGUUCUCUUGGGGUAAUUUUUGUAAGCCGGACGCUCUUUGGGAAGGUUCACAACUGUUCCAUAAUUUCUACAUUUGAGGUUAAUGGCUUUCCCUCUGGCUCACUGGAAUCCUAAAGCUUCAGAAAUGGCUUUGUAACCUUUCCAGACUGAUAGAUGUCACUUACUUUAUUUCUUGACUGUUCUUGAAUAUGUUUGGAUCGUGCCAUUUUGUUGCAGCUGUUUUAGAGCUUUUGUUCGACUUGAUUUGUCAAACAGGUUCUGUGUAAGUAAUUUGAUUGAACAGGUCUGGAGGGAAUCAGUGAAACUUAACCAAAAGUGGUGAUUAGCCACAAUUAUUUGUAAACUAACAAUGGGAAUAACUACGUUUUCCACACAGGGC